AUGGGACUCGGGCCGGCCAAGUCAACGCUGUGGUCGUGGAGCAAGGCCAUGUGGAGCGAUCCCAUGCAAUGGCCGCAUGUGUACGAGGGGUGUCAGGACCGCAUUGGCGAGGACCCUCGCGCCAUGCCUCCUCGCAAUGACCUGCACACGUGCACUCUGGUGCCCCGCAUAGGCAAGCGCAAGACGGUGACUGUGGCAACGACAGUGAAGAAGGGCGACUGCCUGUGGGGCAUCAGCCGACAGCUGACUGGCACGGGGACCAACUGGAAAGACAUUGUGAACGAGAAUCGGCAUUAUUUCAAAAAGGCUAAAUUCGACACUCCCAUUGACGACGACCUUUUCAUCAUCCAGCCAGGCUGGAAGCUCAAAAUGCCAGUCACUGCCCCGCCUCCUCCUGAAGACUGA